AUAUUAAAAAAUCAGAAAUAAACAAACCUGAAUUUGAUUGGAUCAGUUUGAUUUUCAGUUUUGGUUUUUAAAAUUAGAUGACCAUGGGCAUAAUUGAUGAGGUCAAUCCAAUGAGUUGGGUUUUAGAAGAAAGAAUCAUAAUCAAGGAUGGAGAUUUGAGAAAUAAUUAAGCAUGGGAUAGGAGACUACAAUGCUUUGCCCCCACUCGCUACAACUCAGUCUUAUGAUUCAAUUUUCAAAAUACACGCACGCAUGUAGUUUAGCAAAGAUAUAUAAUUCUCUGCCGAAGAUCUCGGGAUCAGGUGAGACUCCUAAAUUCACACUAUUAAUUUCUCUCUGUAAAUUCCACCCUCCCCCCCAUCUGCAGCACAUUGAUUCUACCUCCGACUUCAACCUCUCUCCAUCCAUCUGUUAAUUAGUCAAAGCAAAUAUGGCUCCUGUUUCCUCCCUUGCUCGUUUUCUUCUUCUUCCUCUUCUUCUUGUUUUUCUUUUAAUUCCCAGUUAUGGUACUGCUGAUGCUCAUCCGCUCCAGAGUUGCAUGUUUGAUGCCAUUUAUCAAAUGGGUGAUUCCAUUUCUGACACCGGCAAUCUGGUUCGUGAGUCUCCCCUUGGUGCCUCCACCGCUUUUGCCCGCCUUCCCUAUGGCCAAACCUUCUUCGGCAACGCCACCGGCAGGUGCUCCGACGGCCUCCUUAUGAUCGAUUACCUUGCGCUGGCUGCUGGACUUCCAUUUGUGAAUCCAUACAUGAACAAAGAUGCCAACUUCGGCCACGGCGUCAACUUUGCGGUUGCCGGUUCUACUGCACUGUCAACCGACGUUCUUGCACAGAAUGGCGUCAUCUCUCUCGUCACCAAUACCUCCCUCCAUGUUCAACUCGAUUCCAUGCUUUCCCACUUCAAUUCCAUUUGUUCCAAUCAAAGAGAUUGUGCAGAGAAACUCCAAACAGCCCUGUUCAUGGUGGGAGAGACCGGAGGCAAUGACUAUAACUAUGCUUUGUUCCAAGGAAAAUCUACCGAGCAAUUGAAGAGCCUGAUUGUCCCCAGUGUUGUUGCCACCAUAAAGCAUGCUGUUGAAAGAGUGAUCGAAUAUGGUGCUGCCCGAGUGGUUGUUCCUGGUAAUUUCCCUAUUGGUUGUAUGCCAAUCUAUCUUACCGGCUUCCACACCAAUGAUUCUGCUGCCUAUGACCAAUUUGGAUGUUUAAAGGAGUUGAACAAUUUUGCAAUGGACCACAAUAAUCAUAUGCAGAAAGCCAUUGAUGAGUUAAUCGAAAAAAAUCCAAAUGCUAUCAUUUCAUAUGCCGAUUAUUACAAUGCUUUCCUGUCACUCCUUCAAAAUGCCCCAUCUCUUGGUUUUGAUGAGCUUUCUAUACAAAAAGCUUGUUGUGGGAAAGGAGGGGACUAUGCUUUUGAAUUGACUAGUAUGUGUGGAGCUCUUGGAGUACCUAUUUGUCCCGACCCUCACCGCCGCAUUAGCUGGGAUGGAAUUCAUUUGACAAGCAAUGCAUACAAGUAUAUGGCAGAUUGGCUUGUUAAAGAUCUUUUACCGAAGUUACAGUGCAUUCUUUGAUUUGUAUUAGUUAUUUAUGUUAGGCGUGUUAAGUCAGAUAGCAAAAAUUCAGUUGUAUAUAUCUUAAUUAUAACUUCUAGUUCUGUUGAGUUUUUUCAGUUGAUGCAUAUUGAUGCAUUAAUUGAUUUUUCAUAAAUGAAAGAAUGACUCUUUAUUUAAAAAA